UGGGCAGCACCUUAGUUAUGUCUGCACACCUAAUACAUUCGUUUCCACUUUGUAUUAUGAAAUGUUCCUCAUGUUAGUAAGUAUAGGUAGGAUAUUUAUGUAAAAAUGUUCUUCACGCAAUGUACUCGGAUCGUUACUUCGUUAAAGAAUACGAUGUUAUCAUCAAUGCAAAGAACACUUCAAACUCAUGGAAUUUUUAAUACUCCUCGGCUGUUACCAAUAAUUUCUACAAAGCAGCUAUUAAAUUUUAAAAAUAUCCACAUGACAUCUGCACAUUACAAUAAUUCGCCUCCAGCGGCUGCACCUGUAGUUUCGAAUGUAAAACAAAUGGGAUAUAUAAAGAAGAUGUUAAAAAAGAUUGGUUUUCUAGAUCUACAAAAAUAUAGAAACAUGGUAAUUGCUUGUUUCACAUACGAACAUAUGUUGCGUCAAGUAGAUUAUAAUUUUUUUUACGAACAUUUUAACAUGCCAGAUACAUUGUACUCAUGGUUCUUGGUAACAGAACUUCAUGUAUGGAUGUUAAUGGUUCGUUACAUGGCGGAAAAAAAGAAUGGACAAUUCAUGAGAAAUGAAAUAGUAACCGCAAUGUGGGAUGACACAAAAGCCAGAACAGAAAAACUUGGUACAAUAAGUAGUAAUAUUAAAAACAAACAAAUAAAAGAAAUAUCGGAUCAAUUUAAUGCUGCUAUAAUAGGUUACGAUGAAGGUAUACUAUCUGAUGACAAAGUAUUAGCAGGAGCACUUUGGAGAAGAUUCUUUUGCCUUGAAUGCAAUAACCCAGAGCAUAUUGAAUUACUUCUCACUUAUGUUAGGAUACAAGUCUCUUUACUUGACAACAUACCGUCACAAGAUUUUUUUCGUAAGCCUGUAUUUAAAUUAGUAGAUAUAAAAAGUUUAUGUAAACAUCGAUAACUAUUAUAGUGGAUAGAACCAUAUAAAAGACAUUUUGAAAUGCAUAUACUUGUUUGUUAAAAGAAUGGUUCUAUUAAUAGUAAACAAUUGUAAAAAAUGUAGUAAUAAAUAUAGAACAUAUUAGAUUUUCA